GUGGAUUUUUUUUUUUUUUUUUCUGUUUAUGAAACAAAACCUUUUUCUGGCCUCCACUGGUCAAACUAUUAAAAAAAAUGUAUUUUUAAAGGUCAUCUUUGACUUUGUAAAAGUCGUUUUUGCUGUUAAUCUAAGAAUUAAAGUGCUGGUCCAUGCUUUUUUUUUUUGGUGGAAAAUGAAGCGAACGGUAACUUUUGUUGUACUUUGUGUGUUUUUAUCGCAGACGUCACAAAGUGACGAUCAGCAUCUCACCUGGCUCAGGUCCGUGCUGGAGGACUUCGACGUGGUGCCUCUGUCUAGCCUGCAGAUGCAUUCUGUGCAGCGCCGUGACACACAGAUCCAAACCCACGUAGAGCGACUGGUCAACUUCAACGCCCUGCACAGGAACUUCAGACUGUACCUGAGGACCAACACAGAACUAUUCACCGAAGACUUCAGAGCUGUGGUGGUGGACGAGGACGGCCAUGAGCACACUUACCCGGUUAAUAGACACAACUACUACAGCGGGCACGUCAUCGGGGAGGAACAUUCUCGGGUUCAGGCUCACAUCGACAAUGAUGAGUUCUCAGCUCACAUCCUGAUCCACGAGACUGAGUACAACAUUGAGCCCCUGUGGAGGUUCACCACGGUGCCCCCCGAUGGGCGCCUGCUGAUUUACCGUUCGGAGGACAUCAGGAACCUCAGUCGACUGAACCAGCCGUCCGUCUGCGGCUACGUGAUCUCUGAUCCCAUUCACCUCCUCCCUGAGAGCAUGAGAGUGGCCAUGUUGGAGAAACAGGAAAAAAAUGAGUCGCCACUGAGGGCGAAGCGUCAGGUCCACAACCACAGGAAGAACACGUGUCCUCUGCUGCUGGUGGCCGACCAUCGCUUCUUCAAACACAUGGGCCGCGAGGAGGAGAGCACCACCCUCAACUACCUGAUCGAACUGAUCGAUCGGGUGGACGACAUCUACAGAAACACUUCAUGGGAUGAAGAGUUCAUCGGCUACGGAGUCCAGAUCCAGCAGAUCAUCAUCAAGAAAAGUCCGACCCGCGUCGGGCCCAAACAAACUCACUUCAACAUGAAAGGAAGUCCUGUGGACGGCAAAGACGUUUGGGACGUCAAGAGACUGCUGGAGCAGUUCAGCGUGGACAUUGCAGAGAACGCGUCUCAUGUGUGCCUGGCUCACCUCUUCACCUAUCAGGACUUUGAUGAAGGAACUCUGGGUCUGGCCUACGUGGCCCCGGCCAAGCCCGACAUUCCCGGAGGCCUCUGCUCCAAGAAAUGUACAUCAGCCAAUGAACAAAGAGUCAUUUACCUGAACACAGGUCUGACCAGCACCAAGAACUACGGGAAGACCAUCCUGACAAAGGAAGCCGAUCUGGUGACGACUCAUGAACUUGGCCACAACUUUGGAGCAGAACACGACCCAGAUAACAUCCCAUACUGCGCGCCCAGGGAGGACCAGGGGGGCAAAUACGUCAUGUACCCCAUCGCAGUAAGCGGGGACCAUGUCAACAACAAGCUGUUUUCUAACUGCAGCAAACGUUCCAUCGUGGAGCGCCUGAAGUCCAAGGCGGCGACCUGCUUCAAGGAGCGGAAUAUCAACGUCUGCGGGAACUCACGGGUGGAGCAAGGCGAGGAGUGCGACCCAGGGCUGCUGCACAUCAACUCGGACCGCUGCUGCACGCCCAGCUGCAGGCUGCAGCCUGGCGCUCAGUGCAGCGACAGGAACAGCGCCUGCUGUAAAAACUGCCAGUUUGAGUCAGAAGGCGAAGUCUGCCAGUCGCCCAUUGAAGCCACCUGUAAAGGCCACGCCUACUGCACAGGAAACAGCAGCGAGUGCCCACCUCCGGAGAACGCUGCAGACAAAACGAUGUGUUUGGACAACGGCGAGUGUCUGAACGGCGUGUGUGUCCCGUUCUGUAAGGCCGUCCUCCAGCUGCAGCCCUGCGUCUGUAACGAAACCAACUCAUCAUGUAAAGUUUGCUGUCGGAGCUCCAGCAGCGUUUGUGCUCCCUACCAGGACCAAAGGGGGAACUUCCUGUUCCUGCGUAAAGGGAAACCAUGCACAGUGGGCUUCUGUGAUGGAGCGGGUAAGUGCAUGAAGCAGGUGCAGGACGUGAUCGAGCGUCUCUGGGAUUUCAUUGACAAACUGGACAUCAACACCUUCGGGAAGUUCCUGGCCGAUAACAUUGUGGGCUCUGUGGUGGUGUUCUCGCUGCUGUUCUGGGUUCCUCUCAGCAUCCUGGUCCACUGCGUGGACAGGAAGUUGGAUAAACAGUACGAACAGACAACAAAGUCCCUGUUUUUCUCCAGCAAUGCCGAGCUCCUGAGCACCCUGGAGUCCGCAUCAGUUCAUAUCUUUAAGCCACCAAACUUCUCCACGGCUGCGCUGCGUUUUCACUCGUCUGGCCCACAACAAACCAGCACCCCUCCAGCCUCCAGGCACGCCCCCACCCCCAACUCCGCCCCUGCCGCUUUCAUCAGCCACGCCCCUCCGGCUCACACAGACAGCGCCCGGAUGGCCACAAUCCAGGAGGAUCCCAGCUUUGACUCACACCUGGACAAGGAGGCGUUUGGCACUGCGCCGAGUUCAGUUCCGCGCUCGUUUGAGGACCUGACUGCACACAGCGCGGCUGGACGUGGCGAGAAGGCGCCGAUGUGCAGAGUGCAGCGGCAGCAUCCCGUCAACACCAAGGAGACAGCGUGCUGAUGGGGUUUCAGGAUUUCUGGUUCUGGAUUGCAGCACCAUUGCAAACGACACAUUGAACAACAUGUUUUUAGGAAAGUGCACAACGUCCAUAUUGUACUCCGUUAACCUCACAUCAAAAUAAAAGCUUUACAAAAAAAAAAAAAACACCUCACAGCUGAAAUCUACCAUUUUUUUUUUAAGAGGGAUUGUUUAUUAGUCAUGUAGAAAAUGAAAUUAGGAUUUUUGUAAUAUUUUCACUAAAUCACACUAUUAAAAACAAAAUGAGAACAUCGAAUCUUUGAACAUUGAAGUUAUUUUUAGAGGAAGAAAAAGGAAGACAAACAGGUAUAUGCUCACUGAAUACCAGCAGUUUUGGAUGCUGCAUAUCAAUGAUUACAAUUGUUCUAACUUUUUGGAACACAAUAAAAUUUUACUUUGACUUCAAAUAAUCCAGUUGUGAGAAAGUUCAAAUUAUUAAAGUAAAAAUGUGAUGAUUCUCUCAAAUACAUCUGAAGUUUAUUUUCCAGACAGAAAAGUGUUUCUACGCAAAGAAUUGUAAAACAUUACAAUAUCUGACCAGGUUUGCCAAACUCACCUGUUCUAGUCAAAUACAGUAUAUAUAUAUAUAUAGUUGUUGACAGUUUGUGUGUAAUGGUACAAUGUUACAGCUAUGUGAACACAUGGAAGUGUUAUUCCAUAAAGGUUUAUUAUAAAGCUGUAUGCAGAUGACACUGCGCCUAAAUGUUCAGACUGACAAUAAGUCUGGAUUUGUGUAAAACUGUUACUGUCUGAUGCAUCCAGUUUUAAAACAUUUAGAAAUAAAUGUUUUGCAAAAGAUUAAUUUGUUUACAUUAUUAUUAGCCACACAGGUUUUGUUCUGUGCAAUAAAAAGGACAACUGACCUUCGUGAAAUGUCAGUUAAAUUUGCAUGUUAAUCAAGAGCUUGACUUUAAGGUCAUCUGAUAAAAGAAACACCACAGUCUAUGAACAGAAAAUUACAAAGUGAAUACUUAAAACAAUUCUGAUCUGAGAAGUGGUCACGGAUCCGUCUCUGGGCGGGUCCAUGGUGUGGUGAGCGUGGCGAUACACAGCACCAACACAUGGUGCCAGACUUGACUUGUUCUGAUCCUCUAUGCUUUCUUUAGAUUUGUGGAACAGUUUUCCAACACUGCAGCACCUCCAGCCCUCUGACAUGAAAACUCUGAUGACACUGGUCUAACAUGUCUUUAUUUUCCACAUAAAGACAUUAAAUUUGAAAUUUUAUGUAGUUUUGG